AUGAGACCUUGCGAAGUUGUUGGACAAAAUAUAGAAACUUUAAAACAAACUGUAUAUGACAAUUCAAAUUAUUGUCAUGUAAAGCCGAAAUUUAAUGUCAAUGACAAUGUACGAAUCAGCAAGUAUAAACACAUCUUUGAGAAAGGCUACAAACCAAACUGGACAAAUGAAAUAUUUACAAUUAUAAAAAUGAAUAAAACUGCACCUGUAACAUAUAAACUUAAAGACUAUCAAGAGAAUCCAAUACAAGGAUGUUUUUAUAAUGAAGAAUUACAGCGUGUCAAACAUUCUGACAUUUAUUUAAUUGAAUAA